AUUCGACUCCCCACUUCCUCCCAGGAAGAGCAUCACCAGUUGAGCAACGGCUUUGUUUCAGACUUCUCCAAUUAGAGGAACUCUCAAAUCAAACUCUAACCCGCCGCUCAAGACGUAACACCAGCUUCACGUUAUCGGUCAAGUUAGCAGGGAGUUUGGAUGGUAAUGACGUACGAUCGGCGCUCCAGACGUCUCCCGAGUGACUCGCCUCACCAGUCACGUUGGAGACGACUCAUCGGCUGAAACCAGGAAGUCCUCGCGAGCCUAGUAGUCAUGAGUGCUCCAUUGACCGUGGUCCCAGAGACCGGUGGAGGUCACGACCAGGGAGGAGGUGUCAAAAGCUCGUACCGCUGGCACCACCAGCAGAAGCAUCUCUGGUCCAGGUUUCCCCACCCGGCCCGACCAGAACCCAGCCGGCCGGUCUGGUUCCGACGGAGGACAGGUCGUCGUACGAUGAUGUCCGGAGAAGUCCAGGAAUCGACCCCCGGGAGGUUUGGGGGUUCUCCGAUGGAUCCACGACCCAGCCCGCCUGUGUUCUCCAGGACCCAGAGGGAAGGGAGCCGGGCGGGCUCCCUGCACCGCCUCAUCCCCUACUUCAGGACCCAGUCAGAACCAGGCGGUAGUGGUCCAGGUAGACCCCCGCUGGACAAGAUGAACUCGGACGGAGCCGAGAGGAGGAGCACCCUAUCGCUGGUCGGGAGAAGGCUGUCGUCGUGGUCGCAGCGGAUCGGUCGGUUCCUCAGUGUCUCCGAGGACCUUCAAGAGGACAGGGGCGGUUCUGAUGUGAAGGGGCCCGUCGCCUACCGGUUGUCCUGUGGUCAGCCGUCCGUUUCAGAGCCCGGCGCCUGGGAGAGAAAGUACUGCAUCCUCACAGACACACACCUGCUGCUGCUCAACAAGACCCAGGGCCAAUCCGAUGGGCUGCAGAGCCCUACCGACUCCACGAGGAGCAGGAGUCUGCGGAGGACAGUUAGUGUUCCGUCUGAUGGGCAGUUCCCCGAUCAGCCGCCAGAGGGCGCCCCAAUGCCAGAAGUUUCUUCGGAGCGUUCUCCGAGACGGAGGAGCAUCUCCGGCGUGGGGGGUUCAGAGAAGAGUGUUGCCGUUGACAACCCCAAUUCAUCCCCCUUCAAAGUACCAGGUUUCUUCAGUAAACGUCUGAAGGGCUCGAUCAAGAGGACCCGGAGCCAGACCAAACUGGACCGCAACACCAGCUUCAGACUCCCGUCGCUGAGACCCGCUGAGCCGGACAGGUCGCGGGCACUGCCCAAGCUGAAGGAGACCUCGUCCCAUGAGUCUCUCCUGAGCCCUGGGAGUGCCGUGGAGGCCCUGGACCUGGCCAUGGAGGACCACGUGUACAUCAAGCCCCUGCACAGCAGCAUCCUGGGACAGGAGUUCUGCUUCGAGGUGACCUACUCUGGAGGAACCAAGUGUUUCAGCUGCACAUCCAUGUCUGAGAGGGACAAAUGGAUGGAGAACCUGAGGAGAACCAUCCAGCCCAACAAGGACAACUGCCGGCGUGUGGAGAACCUGCUGCGCCUGUGGAUCAUCGAGGCCAAGGACCUCCCGGCCAAGAAGAAGUACUUCUGCGAGCUGUGUCUUGACGACACGCUGUACGCCCGCACCACCAGCAAGAUGCGCCACGACAGCCUGUUCUGGGGCGAGCACUUCGACUUCUCCAGCCUGCCGCCCGUGCACAGCCUCACCGUGCACAUCUACCGCGACGUAGACAAGAAGAAGAAGAAGGAGAAGAACAACUACGUGGGGCUCGUCAACAUCCCCGUCUCCACGGUGACGGGCCGGCAGUUCGUGGAGAAGUGGUACCCGGUGAGCACGCCCACCACCAGCAAGGCCAAGGGGGGCGGCCCCUCCAUCCGCAUCAAGUCGCGCUACCAGAGCAUCAGCAUCCUGCCCAUGGAGCAGUACAAGGAGUUUGCCGAGUUCAUCACCAACAACUACGGCAUGAUGUGCUCCGUGCUGGAGCCCGUCAUCAGCGUGCGCAACAAGGAGGAGAUGGCCUGCGCCCUGGUGCACAUCCUGCAGAGCACCGGCCGCGCCAAGGACUUCCUGACGGACCUGGUGAUGUCGGAGGUGGACCGCUGUGCGGACCACGACGUGCUGAUCUUCAGGGAGAACACGCUGGCCACCAAGGCCAUCGAGGAAUAUCUGAAGCUGGUGGGGCAGAAGUACCUGCACGACGCGUUGGGAGAAUUCAUCAAGGCUCUGUAUGAGUCGGAUGAGAACUGUGAGGUGGACCCGGGUCGCUGCUCCAGCGGGGAGCUGCCGGAGCACCAGAGCAACCUGAAGAUGUGCUGCGAGCUGGCCUUCUGCAAGAUCAUCAACUCCUACUGCGUGUUCCCGCGGGAGCUGAAGGAGGUGUUUGCGUCGUGGCGGCAGCGCUGCCUGGCCCGCGGCCACUCCCAGGACAUCAGCAAGCGUCUGAUCAGCGCCUCCCUCUUCCUGCGCUUCCUGUGCCCCGCCAUCAUGGCGCCCUCCCUCUUCAACCUGAUGCAGGAGUACCCUGACGACCAGACCUCCCGCAACCUCACCCUCAUCGCCAAGGUCAUCCAGAACCUGGCCAACUUCACCAAGUUUGGGAACAAGGAGGAGUACAUGGCCUUCAUGAAUGACUUCCUGGAGCACGAGUGGGCGGGGAUGAUGCGUUUCCUGUCUGAGAUCUCCAACGCGGAAACCCUGUCCAACAUGCCCGGUUUCGAGGGCUACAUCGACCUGGGCCGCGAGCUGUCCACCCUGCACACGCUGCUCUGGGACGUGGUCACGCAGCUGGACAAGGGUGAAAAUUCCUUCCUGCAGGCCACUGUGGCAAAGCUGGGCCCGUUGCCCCGGAUACUGGGAGAUAUGAGUCGCUGCCUCGCCAGCCCCUCCCCCAUGCAGCAUCCGCUCCGAGGCUCCGCCCACAACAUCAGCGGCAGCCUAUCGUCUGGCUUGCACCGCAUCUUCCAGGAGCCCACCGACAGCGAGGUGCGCAGCCUCAAGUCCCCGCCCCCGGAGGCCGUGGAGCCGGCCUAUGGCCGCGGCGGCCAGCGCCCCCUGCUGGGCAAGCAGCACCCCUCCACCCUCAGCAUGAGCUUCUCCGAGCAGGAGGAGCGCGAGGCCACGCUGCCCCCCAACGCCCGCAGCCUCUCCCUGGUGGACCUCCAGGACCCCCACCCCGCCGGCAGCGGCCCCCAGGGGCCCCCGCUCCUCCAGGAGGCCCCGCCCAGGCUCAGCAGGGCCGGCUCGCAGGUGUCCGUGGGCCACCCGGGGGGGCUCCAGCUGCCUCACUCCCUCGCCCCGCACUCCCGGGCCGCCCCGCCCGCCCGGGACCUGGGGCUCCUCCCCCAGAGCGCGCCCCAGGUGCGGCGGCCGCUCCACCAGCCGCUGAGCCAGCAGCGCAGCCUGCAGCCGCUCUCCUUCCAGAACCCCGUCUACCACCUCAGCAACCACGCCCCCGGCCACGCCCUCGGCCACGGACACGCCCCUGGCCACGCCCCCGGCCACGCCCCCGGCCACGCCCAGCCCCUGCAGCAGCAGCAGGACUCCAGCUCGGAGAACCUGAGCACGGGCAGCUCCCACACCUCCCGCAGCCGCGCCCCCACCGAGAGCUCGGAGGAGCUGAGCGGCGCCGGCAGCCAGCUGGGGCUCCGGGGCCACGUGGCGUCCAGCAGCAGCCUGGAGGACUUUGCCGGGGGGGGCAGCGGCGGCCGCGGCAGCAGCAGGCGGAGCACGCAGAGCGAGGAGUGCCCCGUCCCCCGGCGCCACGCCCACACCCCCGCCCAGGACUCGCCGCUCACGGCGGUGGCGGUCCCGCGGCAGAGCACUGCCACGGGCACCGCCCACAUCGUCCGCGUGGAGCAGAGCCGGCCGGCCAGCGCGCGCACGGCCAGGCCCCUCCCCCCCAGCGGCUCCGCCCACAGCAGCUGUAGCACACACACCGAGCCCGGCGACGCCUCCCCGGGUCACAUGGUCCCGGGGCAGACGGUACCCGGUCCGGUGGUUGCAGCCGGUCAGACGGCGGCGGUGGUGGUGGUGGCGGCGCCAUUAGCGUCCCCGGCAGGACAGACGGCACCGUGUCAGUCCCCCCGGCAACCGGGCACAGCGGAGAGCCCAGUCCCAGCACUCAGAAGGCAGCAGGUCCAGUCUCCAGUGGAGGCGGUUGCCAUAGAAACGGUCACCAUGUCGCCGGUGGAGCGGACCGCUGCCUGGGUGCUCAACAACGGGCAGUAUGAUGAGGAGGAGGAGCAGGAGGCGGCCGGAGGAGGAGGAGCAGGAGGAGCAGGAGGAACAGGAGCAGCAGCAGCAGCAGCAGCAGUAGGAGGCAAGGAGGAGAGCCGCAACGCUGAGAAGUACGAGCAGGAGAUCUCUAAGCUGAAGGAGCGCCUGCGGGGGUCCGGGAGGAGGCUGGAGGAGUACGAGCGCCGGCUGGCUGCCCAGGAGCAGCAGAUGCAGCGCCUCCUGCAGGAGUACAAGGGCCGGCUGGAGGACAGCGAGGAGCGGCUGAGGAGGCAGCAGGACGUCAAGGACAGCCAGAUGAAGGGCAUCAACUGCAGGCUGAUGGCGGUUGAGGAGGAGCUACGGAGGGACCAUGCAGAGAUGCAGGCCGUGAUCGACGCCAAGCAGAAGAUCAUCGAUGCUCAGGUCAAUAGGGGAUCUGAUCUUAACGAAUCAGGAAAAGAGGAUUAGCUCUCUGGACGCGGCGAACUCGCGGCUCAUGUCGGCACUGACCCAGGUGAAGGAGCGCUACAGCAUCCAGAACCUCCGCAACGGCCUCUCGCCCACCAACCCCACCAAGCUGUCCAUCACCGAGAACGGAGAGUUCAAGAACAGCAGCUGCUGAUGGGUCCACGUCCUCCAAGAUGCAGGACCCCCGCCCUCUGCCCCCGCAGCCCCACACACACACACCCCCUCCUGUCAGUGCGAGGGGGAAGGGGCGUGGUGUAAUCUCAGUGAAGCCCCGCCCCUAUUUGGAUAGUAGCAGUGGGAGGGGCUCUAGGACAGGACUGGGCACACAAAGAAUGUCUAGAUAGAGAUAUAUAUCUAUAUCUAUAUAUAUAUAUGGUGAAUAUGUAUGUAUAUAGGUGGUAUAGGUGGUGUAUAGAGAUGACGAUGAUGUCCUGGAAAACUGACUUAUUACUCAGCCCGCGGACUGUUGUUAAGCUACUUCCUGUCUGGGGGAUGUGGACCACCUGUCCAGAAGAAAAAGCACAGAGGUGAAUGCUGCAAGAAGACAUGUUUAAAAAAAAAAAAUGAAACUACACACAAACCAAAUCAACGCAAGAGCUGUUUUAUAUCAACUAUUUUUUAUGUUUAUGUUAUGGUUCAUUUCAAACUUGUGCUUUUUGUUCUGUUGUCGUUGAGGGCUGAACACCGGCGGACAAAACAAACUCGUCCGCUCACGUUUAUCCUCAACGUUUUUAUAAGGCAGAGAGAGAAGCGUUUGAUUAGAGGAGGUUUUAAUUUAUUCCUAUGUUGUCACCCGCUAUCGAGUCCGGCGAGUGGAUUUUCUACCUGUUGCUAACUACUGUCACCGUGUCCGUCUGUCAAUUAUGGGAAGCCAAACAGUUAAAAAAUAUGCGUUUUUUAACACGUUAACGUAUUAAAAUGUGUGUAUUUAUGAACCGCUUUGCUUUCCAGACAUUACGCUGCGUCACGGCACACGCUGUUCCCCGUUGCACAAGACACCUCCCCGAUGAACUUUUGUUUCUGUGUUUAACCCACGCACAGUUGUCUGGUGUUUAGAAUAAAAUCUGCCUGUACGCCUUUG